AUGAAGCCGGAGAGUCUCGUCGGGAAAUCGCCGACGAGUCCGAAGCUAACCACCGGCUGUGAAGUCAUCGACGGUUGUCUUCGCGGUGGAUUUCCCUGCGAUUCUUUGACGGAAAUCGUGGCGGAGAGCGGCUGCGGGAAGACACAACUCUGCCUUCAGCUCUCACUUUGUGCCCAACUUCCGAUUUCACACGGCGGACUCGACGGUUCUGCUCUUUAUCUCCAUUCCGAGUUUCCUUUUCCGUUUCGUCGUCUUCAUCAGCUCUCACGAUCGUUUCAUCUAUCUAACCCUAGUAUUUACGCGAACCACAAUGAUAAUCCUUGUGAUCAUGUGUUUGUACAAAAUGUCCAUUCUGUAGACCACCUGUUCGACAUAAUGCCUAGGAUAGAUAAUUUUGUCGGGAAAUCGAAAACUCGGUUUCCUUUGAAGCUGAUUGUACUUGAUUCUGUAGCGGCGUUGUUCAGAUCGGAGUUUGAUAACACACCGUCUGAUCUGAGGAAGAGAUCUUCUUUGUUUUUUAAGGUAUCUGGGAAAUUGAAGCAAUUGGCAAAUAAGUUUGAUUUGGCUGUGGUGGUUACGAAUCAGGUCACUGAUUUGGUUGAAUCUUCUUCUGAUGGGUUAAGUGGGUUAAGGAUUGGGAAUUUGAGGUAUUUGUAUUCUUCUGGGAGACGUGUUGUUCCUGCUUUAGGAUUGACUUGGGCUAAUUGUGUGAACUCUAGGGUUUUUAUAUCACGGAGUGAUGAUACUAUUUGUAAAGAGAGAAGCGAAAAAGAUGAGAGCGGUCAAAGAGCUCUGAGACGCCUUGACAUUGUUUUUUCACCUUAUUUACCUGGAGCUUCUUGUGAGUUUAUGAUCACACAAGAGGGGAUUUGUGGGGUUCAGUGA